AAUAUUAAUUAUAAUGCAUAUUCUUGUAUUUGUGAGUACGGUUAUGUUGGCAGAAAUUGUGAAAAUAUUUUGAAACAAUGUGAAUUAUUAAGUCCUUGUCUUAAUGGAGGUACUUGUACGAAUUUACAUGGAUCUUUUAAAUGUGACUGUCAAUACGGAUUCAUUGGACAAAACUGCAGUAAAAAUGUUGAUAUUAUGAAUGAUGUUACUUUUCGAGGAGAUGGCUGGUUGGAACUUAGUAAUUCUAUAAUGACUCAUAAAGAUGAAAAAGAAAUGAUUGGGUUUGAAGUAUCCACUAAUAAAACUAAUGGCCUUAUUAUGUGGCAUGGCAAUAAAUUCAUUAAGCGAAUAACUAAUAAUUAUAUCGCCCUUGCCAUAAUUGAUGGGUACAUUGAGUGUCAGUAUAACUUAGGAUCGGGUCCAGUAAUAUUAAGAAUAACUACUAUAAAAAUCGAUGAUGGUCAAAGACAUAGAAUUAUUGUGAAAAGAGAUGGGAGAAAUGGUAGUAUUGAACUUGAUGGUGAGCACAUUGAAAUAGGUAUUAGUGAUGGACAUAACGAACAACUUGAAAUUAGUGAGAAUGUUUUUAUUGGCGGUGUACCCGAUCCUUUAAUAACAUUAGAAAAAUUUUAUGUCGGAUUCUCUGGAUGUAUUUAUACUUUAGAAGUUCAAGAUUCUGGAGCUAUUAAUAUUGGAAAAAAUGCUAUUAGAGGAAAAAAUGUUUCACCAUGUACUAGAGCAAGGUGGAUUCCUUCAUCGCUUGUAUUCACAGAUGCUGAAGAAAAUAUGUUUGAUGCAUUUGUUCCGCCGCCACCAGUUAACAUUAUUCAUCCGAAACCCACAGUAAAUAAAGCAUCCAUUUUUUUUAUAGGAGAUACCGAAUCAAAUGCUCUAGUAGACUAA